CUACAUUCAGAAUUAGCAUAAAUGUUUGUAUAUAAGAAAGUCUAUGGCAGUGAAAGGCAUUUGGCAACUGCCUUUCCACAACAAUAUAGAUGCCGCCAAGGGAAGUACGGAAGUUUGUGUAGUUGGAGUAUUCGGCAAAAGUACUUGGGGGCAUUCUUCUAAAAGUUGUGUUAUUAAUCGAUUAACAAGAACCUAUGAAUUUCCAAUUCACAAACCUUUAAAUAUGGAUCGAAAAAAUGAAGAUGAAAAAGAAAAUAGUUUUGAAAAAUACAUGCCUAAAAUUGAAGCCUAUUUUGAUGAAGAAAACCAAAUUAUCUACUUGCAUCUUAUUUCAAUUUAUGAUGCUGCCACAUUGGCUGACGUUGCAGCAUCAAUAAGAAGUCAAACACUUUCCCACAGCAUGUCUCAUGAUAUGUUAAAAAACCAUGAGAUCGGACAUUUAUUUGGACUUACAUACUUAUUUUCUGUUUGCCAUAUCUUGAUGCUUGUUCAUCCUGUAAGCCAAUUUGACAUCACUUAUGACAGGCUUUUUCAACGUGUUGCAAGCUUGCGUACUAAGCUUGUACCUGUGAUCAAAGAUGUUCUCAAAGACUGCAGUGUGGGUAGGGAUUGGUGGGUGAAUGGUCGUCCCUGCCCACCCCGCCUUUUACUGGUGUUUCAGAGAUGUCACCUUUUAACAUUGACUAACAAACAGAGUGAAAAUGAAAAGCCUACUGAACCUGGACUUGUCCCCAAGAAAAAGAAACCUCCUGUGAAAAGACUUCAGCACACCAUAGAAGAUCAGGUUUAUAGAAUUCUCCGUAGUAGUAGAGUAUUGACAAACAAUGCUGUGAAUUGUCUGUUCAGUGUUCCUCCAAACCAAGCAUUUGUCCACAUCAUGACUGAUGAGUUUAAGAAAAUUGAAAAGGAAGAAGAUCCCAUCGGUGGAAUGUUUGAUUUAUUAUUGGAUUCAUUCAAACGUCAUAGAGAUCCGAACUCAAUGUCUAGAGCAAAAGAACUACUAGCUGAUACUCCAGCUCAUUGGAUGGAAGAUUACAUGUCUGAAGACGAAAGAAGAAGAAAAGAAUCAAAGGACGGUGGUAAUAACAUCCGGUCCUUCCUUCACCAACAUACUUCUCUUGUGUUCGAUAAGAAAGGCUUCAAUGACAGCAUAGGACGAAAUCCUCUACCGUCUCAUUUUGAGUUACCGACAUUAAAAACAUGGCUUAAGGUUGCAAAUGGAUUGUAUAAUCUCCUUCUAACUGAUCAAAAUGUCUUGGGUCCUGGAUUCGAAAUUACGGGAGGUACAAAAAAGGGUGGUGAGGAUACAGGACGUUCAGUUGAGGAUUUAUUCUCAAAAGUAUCUAAUUGCAGACAAUAUCUUCGUUCAAAAGUUGAUAUUGAAAUGAAAUUCAGUGAAGCAAGGUGCAGUAAAGUUUUACCAAUGGCCAUUUCUGUUUAUCAGAACAGUUUACCAUCGCAUUACACCAGCAAGGUCCACAAUAACCAACUGAAUCAGGCACUCUUGACAUAUAAUCAGCAUGCCCGUGGACCAGCAACUGACAAAUAUCGUAACCAGUUGAAGUCCGAGUGCAUGGCAUUUUGGCGAAAUGGUCGUCAAUUGUGUGAAGUAAGAUCUCUGACUGAUCGUCAUUGCGUCCAUCGUUUUCAUAUUCUGUCCCAACCCAAUGGAAUUCAAGAUCCAGAUGCAGACCCGCCUAUUUUAUUUCACUCAUCAAGAUCUAGAUCAACUGCUACUAGUAGCUGUGGCUCAAUUCAGGGCUUGAGAGAAGAUCCUUUUGAUUUGAAGGAAGCUAAUUAUGAUUUCUAUGUUAUACUGGAUAAAAAGGCACACACUCAACCUGUUGAAGUAUAUUCGUUCCCUGUUUAUCAACCUGGCGACGAACCGCAGAGCAUUCAAAACGCUUAUUUCACUGACGGCACUGCUUCGUUCUCAUCUCAGCUUCUAUCGACCGAUAAUCCAGAUUUUCGAACCGAGUCAAUGGGACUCCAACAAUCUACAAGCGUUACCACUCAAGAUGAGGAAGCUGAAGGCGGAAAGAGAAAACUAAGAUCUCGGAAUAUUUCUGAGGGUGUAACUGAGAGUGAGACGGAAGAUCUUGAUAAUCCAAUAUCUACUCAAGGAAGUGCUGAUGAUACUAAUGCGGAUAAAGAUAACUUAGAUGCUAGUAGUCAAGAGUUAUCUCAAAGCAAGCAAGCUGAGAAUACACUCGCUAUAUCUCCUCGAAAAGCGAGAGCAAUUUCUCCGAAAAAAGAACGUUUGGAAUCUGAAAGUGAUAUAAAGGCCAGUAAAGGUCAGGCGUCAGUCAAUCUAAGCUUUGCAUUGAGUUUUGGUGGUCAUUCUGAAGGGAGUGGACGCAACAUAAACAGCCCGAUGGAUCAUGAUAGUCAAAAAGAUGAGGCAGCAGGUGACCAGGAACAAAUUAAUGACACUUCUCAAAAACAUAACCAACCAAAAGAAGAAGCAAAGCCUAAAAUAAAUUUUAUAGAUGGUAUGAUUCAUAGCAACUGCAAAAAAGGAGUUCUACCACUUUAUCCUUGCUGGAGCUUAGUGAAAACCGGUUCAUAUUCUCACUAUAUGGCUAUGCGAGGUUUGGAAACACCUGGCUUUUUACCAGGAACAAACUUUCUCGUACCAUGGGAUAUACCCGUUGACAAACAUAAGGAUGAUGCAACACAAUGGCCUGCACCUGGUGAAGCUCACGGUGUGUUGGGAAAGAAAAUACUUUCGCAAGCGAAGGAGCAGAAGACCCUUCUUGGUAGAAGAAACAGAGAUGAUGGCAGUAGUGUGAGAGCUUUUAUCGGGUAUGAAUAUGAAACGGUGCGCGGACAGAGGUUUAUAUGUUCCGGACCAGACAAACCAGUCAAAGUAACCAGCAGCGGUACAGUGAAGGAUUCUUGUCACAGAUUACUAGAAAGUGACAUGCCGUUAUUUACCCAUAGUCCGUCAUCCGGACGCAGUGGCAAAGCGAUGCUCGGUCAACUGAUGCGAGCGUAUAUAGUAAUUCCUCCAGAUCCAUCUAUCGAAAUAACCAUUAAUCCACAUGUGAUUCCUGGCCCGCCACCGACUCCAACAUUCACCACGGGAGUUCCGGAUAUAUCAUUGUCAUCUGAUGCUGUCUGGGUUCUGCGAUUCCCCUAUGUGUACGUCAGUGAUCUUGGCCCGCACUACAUUCCCAAAGAUAGCGGAAUAUUACAAAUGUGUAAGUUGCUGAAGGGCAUGAUCAAGCUGAAUAAAAAAUGAAAAGAAUCGCUGAAUCUCCCUUUCUGAAAUGAAAGGCGAUAUGAAAAUGUAGCGAAAUCUAAUCUAUACCAGUUCUCAAGUCGCUCUAUAAGAUCAAGCUUUUCUGAGAAGUGAAGAUACAAAAAGUCUAAUAUACGUAGCAGGACACCAGAUCAAAAAAGAAAUCGUCCAUACUCAUCGAAUGAAAUCUAGAGAAGCUGAUAAAGAUAAGUUGUAUGAUCCGAGCGGGGCCAUUUGUUGCCAAGUGUCUUGUUUUUCAUGGAUUCAGCUUCUCUCAAAGAUUCGUUGUAAUUUCAACUGCUACCAGACUUUCUUCUGAGUUUAUUACUAGCAUUCAUGUUAUUAUGUCGCUGGCAAUGAAAUAUUCAAAUAUUAUAGGAGAGUGAUUUGAAGGUGCUUCAUGAGGAGAUGAAGAAUUAAGGAACUUUCGUCGAUGAAGAAAUGACGAGGCUGAAUUUUCUUGUGGUUUUUGUUUAUUAUAUCAUUUUUUCAGUCUUAAAAGAAAUUUGUGACUUGUCCAAGGAUCUCACUGAUGUAGUCGAUGAGCAUUCACUCAGACUUAAAAGUUCAUUCAUUUUUAUUUCCUAGUUUAUCCACUUAAGUUUUCCUUGAUUUUGGCACAUUCAAAACUUUUUCAUCAUACAUUGAAAACACAAUUGACGAUUAAUUAUCACUGCUUAAUCAACAAUUUCAGCAACUUUUUCGUAUAUGAUGAGUAGCUAAA